CACCUGAAUUACUCAUUUGGACAAAUAGACGCGAGGGGAUCGAGAGUCUGCUGCCACAACUUUGCAACUGCUCGAGGAUAAGUUCCAAGCAAGAGUCACAGCAAGGUACAGCAGGGCACAGCAACGACCCAACAGAGAGGUUCGAGACUCUAGCGCCGAUGGCUACCGACGUAGAAGGUAGCACGAGCCCUCCAAGUAUCCAGAACGGGCAUAUAAGGGACCGCCAUGACGAAGGGCAGUCCAGGGAAGACCAGCCCCUCCUGCGGGCUCCCGACGAGGAGACAUGGACGCCGCCCCGCGGCUUCAUCUGGAUCCAGCUGGCCAUCAUGUCCAAUGUCUUCCUGUACGGGUUCGACGGGACGGUGACGGCGGCGACGUAUGCGGUCAUCAGCUCCGAGUUCGACGCUGCCAACACGGCCUCGUGGCUGACGACGUCGUACCUCGUCACCAGCACCGCCUUCCAGCCGCUGUACGGCCGCGUCUCCGACAUCUUCGGCAGGCGCGUCUGCUUCUUUAUAUCGACCAUCACCUUUGCGCUCGGCUGCCUGGGCUGCGCCCUCGCAAGGGAUAUCAUCCUGCUGAACUGCAUGCGCGCCCUGACCGGCUUUGGCGGGGGCGGACUGAUGACCAUGGCCACGGUCGUCAACUCGGACAUGAUCCCGUUCCGCAAGCGCGGCAUGUACCAGGCGCUGCAGAACGGCAUGUUCGGCUUCGGCGCCAUCUGCGGGGCCUCGUUCGGGGGCUCCGUCGCCGACACCAUCGGCUGGCGGUGGUGCUUCCUCCUGCAGGUCCCCAUCUCCGUCCUCGCGCUGCUCACCGGGGCCCUCGUGAUCAAGGAUCCCCAAGGCAUCAUCGCUGGGUCUGGCCGCGACCUCAAGUCGGCCUGGUCCAAGGUCGACUUCACCGGCGCAUUCCUUCUCGUUGUGGCCAUCUCCAUCCAGCUCGUUGGGCUGAGUCUUGGCGGCAACGAGCUGCCGUGGGGUAGUCCCUGGGUCGUCGGUUCGCUGGUCGGGAGUGUCCUGCUCCUGGCGCUCUUCCUGCGCGUGGAGGCAAGGACUAAGGCCAUUCCCGUCAUUCCGCUGCGCAUGCUGCGGGGGAGACUGCCUAUCUCGGUCCAGAUGGCCAAUGUGUGUGUGGGAUUAUCGGCAUACGCGUAUCUUUUCAACCUCCCGCUAUUCUUCCAGGUGGUGCUGAUGGACUCGGCAACGAAAGCCGGAGCACGGCUCGCGAUCCCGUCUCUUGCCACGCCCUUGGGAGGCCUGGUGGCGGGCAUCGUGAUGUCCCGCUGGGGAAGACUUAUCCCCUUAGUGCGCGCGGGGGCCCUCCUGAUGGUUGUCGGGAAUCUCCUCGUCACCUCGUUGGGCUUCGUCGACUCCAAUUGGAAGUACUUCGUCUACAUCUUCCCCGCGAACCUGGGACAGGGUAUCGUGUACCCAGGGAUUCUGUUCACUUCUCUGGCUACAUUUGAGCAUGCGGAUCACGCCGUAUGCGCCUCAACCGUCUAUCUGAUUAGAUCUCUAGGAACCGUGUGGGGGGUUGCAGCCACUUCGGCUAUUGUGCAGACUACAUUGAGCGUCCGUCUUCCGGACGCCCUGGGUGAGAUACCUGAUAAAUGGAGAGUGAUCGACGAGAUCCGACACUCGGUCUCCGCCCUCAAGGAUCUAGACCCCGAGCUCCAGCUCAAGGCCCGCCUCGUGUACUUCGACGGGCUACGGUACUCGUUCGCCGCGUCGACCGCCGUGGCCGUCGUGGCCGUCGUGGCGUCGCUUUUUGCUACUGGGAGGGGCCUGCGUAGCACAAGCUAAGACUCCAAAAUGGAGAUUGGCCUGACGACAACUGUCAGAUAUGCCGUUUGGAGAGUAUCCGGAGAGAAGGAAUCCAAGGAUCAGGGAACGAAGCCUUGACACUAAUCCUGGGAUGUCCCCCUUCAAGACUCUUCCAAAAGCACGCGGCCUUGGUGCCGACUGGAAGACGGUGUGGUUCAAGUUCGACGUUGGAUUCAAAAUUGGAGCGUGAGAAGAUGCCGGGUU